AUGACAGACUCAGCUGCUCAGCAGCGUCAGAUGUGAGAAGAGAAGUGAAGAAGACUCUCGUGUGUUUUUUGGCUCCACGGUCUCGUGGCUGUGGAAAUUGGCUGCCGCGGACAUGUUGACGGGAUUAACCGGAUUAUGAGGAUUUGAGAGGGAGAGGAGAGGAGCCGCUACAGUCCGGUGUCACCACAAAACGAGUGGAUUAAGUUUCCGGGGCGUUCUCCUCCGGACUCUCCCGGUCUCUCCCGAUCCGUGCCGGUCUGUGCCGGUCUCUCGGUGCUCGGUAUGGGCAUUGACCGGCGGCGGAGAGCGUCUCUGGCGCUCACCUUGAACUUCCUCGCGCUGUUCCUCGCGGUGUCCGCGCUCACCACCAGCUACUGGUGCGAGGGCACGCGCAAAGUGGUGAAGCCGUUCUGUACCGGGCCGGGCACGACCAAGCAGAGCUUCUGCAUCAGGUUCAACAGCUCCAACAUCAACGACACGCGCCUGGUCCAGUACAUCUGGGAGACCGGCGAGGACAAGUACGUGAUGAGGAAGUUCCACACCGGGAUCUGGUUCUCGUGCGAGCAGAACAUCAACAUGAGCGGUGAAAACUGCCGGAGUUUCCUUAACGUCGCACCUUCCAAUGAAAGAGGAGUGCUGUGGCUGUGCAUCGUGGCAGAGUGCCUGUACAUCCUCCUCCUGGCCACCGGGGGCAUCCUCAUGUCCAUAGAGGUGUGUCAGUUUGGCAACGUCAUCAACGGCCUCAAGCUCAACGCCUUCGCCGCCAUAUUCACUGUGCUGUCAGGUCUGCUUGGUAUGGUGGCCCACAUGAUGUUCACCACUGCUUUCCAGCUGACUGUCAGUUUGGGCCCAGAAGACUGGAAACCUCAGACCUGGGACUACAGCUGGUCGUACAUUCUGGCGUGGAGCUCCUUCACAGCGUGCAUGGCGUCCUCGGUCACCACCAUCAACCGCUACACCAAGACCAUCCUGGAGUUCAAGCACAAGCGCAGGAACAUCGAGAAGAACCUGAAGAUCAAGCAGAAGCUGCUGGAGCUGGACUCGCCGGAGCAAGUGUGGGACAUGUACAUCAGCUCGGUGCCGAGCACGGCCGAGGAGCUGCUGGACCUGUCGUCCAACGGCCGCAAGCUCUCCGACACGUCCAUCUUCCUGGACCUCAACGACCUGCCCGUCCCACAGGGGGAGCAGUACUGCUAGAGGAGCCAUUUCUUUCUUAAUGUGUGUCAGUGUCGUGUUCAGUCGGAUGCAGCGAUGAUUAUUUUAAAUAGAAAAAGACCUCAGUCCAGGUUUUGUGUGGUUAAAUCUGCAUUAGCGUUUGAAAACAGCUCACAUUUCUAACAUGUCUUUGUUUAAAUAUUUAAAUAAUAUUGAUGAAACGCUUCAUAUUUUAUUAGCGACCAUGCUUACCUCACACAUCCUAAUUUUAGCUUGAAACUUUAGCAUAAAUGUGACCACAGGUGUAAUAUGUGUUAAAGCAGAAUGUGUAAACAACUCGCUGUGGACUUACAUCGAGGAUUAUAUCGCUGAAUCGUACAGAUUUGAAAGAAAAUGGAGGGAAACGUAAGCUUAUGGGUUAGAAUUUAGCAUUAGCAUUCCUUUUGAGACAUGUUUCUGGUCACUAACCACAAAAAUCAGUCUUUAAUUCACAAGAUUGUUUGUUUAAAAGAUAAGAUAAACUACUUAAUUGUCAUUCUAUUAUGUUUGGUUGACCAGAAAAGUCUCUAAAUUAACGUUAAUGUCACUGUAACAUGUUAGCUGACAUUCAAUCCUCUUAUCCUCCAUAUUUUUCAUAUUCUCAGUCCACACAGAGCUGAGAGAGCAUUUGUAAUUUAAAAGUAUGAAUUUCCAAAGAUGUCGCCAUAAAUCAACAUUAAUGAUGAUUUAUUUAAGUAUAAUGAAUUUAAACCCAUUUAAAUGUUAGCUUUGUGUACAGGAGACUGAAGCGGAUGACAUUAGCUGCUAGCUAUUAGCUCAGUUUGGUUGAAUUUGCAUCUAUUGUUGCAAUUCUCUUCCAAACUCCAUCAUAAAUACUUUUAAAGUGUACACCGCAACCUGAAGAUUGAGCUCUUAGCUGUUUAUUUUAAUUGUCAUGUGUCAGAAAUGAUGUGUUGAUGCUAAAAAUGCUACAAAUAGCACCCCUGAGCCUGCUGCUUUGGCUCUAAAGUGGUGUGCUAAUGCAGGGUUUCUCAAUCCUGGUCCUGGGAAUCCACUCUCCUGCAGGUUUUACAUGUUUCCGUGCUCCAACACACCUGGAUUCAAAUAAUCAGCUCAUCAGCAGAAGCUUAGCUGAAAAUCAGGUGUGUUGGAGCAGGACAGAGAAACCCUGAGGAUUUCUGAGGACCAAACCAAUCCAAGACUACGAAGAUGAAGAAGAAGCUCAGUGAAGAAGAAGAUGGUGAUAGGAUCAACUAUAGCACAUAUGCUAAUGGCCCACAGGCUUCGUCGGUCACUGCCUGUUGGAUUGUAUUCCUUGAAGAACCUGUAGUUGUGUGUGUGUGUGUGUGUCUGCGACCUCCAGGUGUAGAUACACAUUUCAAAUGUAACGUUGUCACUGAAGUGACGACACACUGCCUCUCACACGUGAACCAAAUAGCAUUAGGUAGCUUAAUGACGUAUACUGACACAGCAGAAUCAGCACUGAUUUGCAGGUAAACAAAGAAAAGAGCCACUUGACUAAAGGCUCACGGAAGUCUGAUGUUUGUCACUUGAUCGUUAGACUCACUCUCCUGCACCAAACUCCAGAGAGAAAAUCAUCGUUUUUAGCUCGUAGCUGCCAUUCUACUGCUGCCUCGUGUGGUCAGUUUGUGUCACUGAGGUAACUCCAAACAAAGUCAUUCAAAAACAGAAGUCACAAAAAUAACACAUGUGAACUUGGUUACUAGAGGCAGCAGUGGAUCAACAAGUCCUGUGUGCUGUGGUGUUAAAUCGACGCUUUGGUUCAUGAUGUGACAUUUUUAAACGUGUUCUUUAACACAGUGUGCACUUAAAGUGAUGUAGAUUUUCAUACGUGACCCUUUUGUGAAGUUUUAACAAUCUGCUCAGAGGGAGAAUGAGAUUAUGAUUAUGUUUAAUCUCCUGAGUCUCUGCUCCCCUUAUUUUGUGUUUCUGGCUGUUUCUGUGUCUCGCU